GGCGCGCGGCGACGCGGCGCGCGGCGCGGUGCACGCUGGGAUAUUUGAGUCUUCUCCGCGGCGCGGAGCCGCGAUGUCUCCGCCGGCUUCGGCGGCUGGAGGAGGUGACCGGCGGCGGCCGUUAGCGAGUGUCAGGGACGGCUGGGGCCGGGGUUGGGGCUGCGGCGGGCCGGCUGGGGCGGCGCUUCUCGUCCUGUCGCUGCUCGGCCUCGUGCUGUACCUGGUGCCGGCGGCGGCUGCGCUGGCCUGGCUGGCUGUGGGGGCUACCGCGGCCUGGUGGGGACUGAGCCGCGAACCCCGGGGUUCGCGCGCCUUCUCGCUGGUUCGGAACGCCAGGCGUCAGCGAACACUGCUCGCCUCGCCUCCGGCCAAGUCGGCAGUAAACGGAAAUCUUCUAGAGCCGCGGAGCCUGCUGGAAGGACCCGACCCCGCUGAACUGCUCCUCUUGGGCAGUUACCUGGGCAAGCCUGGCCCCCCGCAGCCUGCCCCCGCCCCGGAGAGCAGGGACCUGCGGGAGAGGCCGGGCCGACGCCCACCCGCCCGCACCGCGCCGCCCGCUCAGUCGGCGCAUCCCCGUGGCGUUCAAGUUCACCCCUUCCUCCCCACUCCUCUUCUCCGAUCCUCUAGGAGGCCUUCCCACCGGGAUUGUGGGACUUUAUCACAUCGGUUUGUAAUAACACCUCGAAGAAGAUAUCCAAUUCAACAGACCCAAUAUUCCUUGCUGGGGGUGCUUCCCACUGUAUGCUGGAAUGGUUAUCACAAGAAGACUGUGCUGUCUGCUCGUAAUUCCAAAAUGGUGUGCAGUCCAGUGACAGUGAGGAUUGCUCCUCCAGAUAGCAAACUGACUCGUUCUCCGAUACGAGAGCAAGUUAUCAACUCAACACUGUCCUCACCAUCAACUAGUGCCCCAGACCCAUGUGCAAAGGAGACCGUACUGAAUGCCCUCAAAGAGAGGAAGAAAAGGACAGUGGAGGAGGAAGACCAAAUAUUUGCUGAUGGCCAGGAAAAUAAAAGAAGGCGCCAUGAUAGCAGUGGGAGCGGACAUUCAGCAUUUGAGCCCCUGGUGGCCAAUGGAGUCCCUGCUUCUUUUGUGCCUAAGCCUGGGUCUCUGAAGAGAGGUCUCAAUUCCCAGAGCUCAGAUGAUCACUCGAAUAAGAGAUCCCGCACCUCUUCUAUGAGCUCCUUGACAAGCACGUACACAGGUGGCAUCCCUAGCUCCAGCCGCAAUGCCAUUACCAGUUCCUACAGUUCUACUCGAGGUCUCUCUCAGCUGUGGAAGAGGAGUGGUCCCAGUUCAUCUCCCUUCUCUAGCCCAGCCUCAUCCCGCUCCCAGACACCAGAGAGGCCAGCAAAGAAAAUAAGAGAAGAGGAGCUUUCUCAUCAUUCUAGUUCUUCAACUCCAUUGGUAACAGACAAGGAGUCCCAGGGAGAAAAGGUUGCAGAUAAAACCACAUGGAAGAAACAAAACUCGUGGAAUUCCCCAUCAACACCUGGCAGCUCUGGGCAGCGUAAACGGAAGGUUCAGUUGCUGCCCUCCAGGCGAGGGGACCAGCUGACCUUGCCUCCACCUCCCCAGCUUGGUUAUUCAAUCACUGCUGAAGACUUAGACUUGGAAAAGAAAGCUUCUUUACAGUGGUUUAACAAGGUCUUGGAGGAUAAGACCGAUGCUGCCUCAGACUCUGUCACGGAGAACGCACCUACCAGUCAGUCUUCUUUCACUUUUACCCUGCCUGCUGCUGGGACUGCUUCAUCCCCAACCUCCCUCCCAGCCCCAAGCACGAACCCACUGCUGGAGAGCUUGAAGAAGAUGCAGAAUUCCCCGGGCCUACCAUCCCUCCCCGAAUCUGCUGGCGUGGCAACCACUGUGGCCCAUUCGCCUCCGAAGACACCCAGCCCUCUGGCCCCUCCGGGCUCUUCAGAGUCAGCACCCCUUCCAGGCACCUCCUCAGACUCCAAAUCCACCACCACUUUCUUGGGACUGACCCCUGCUUCUUCCCCAGGACCAGUCACUGACGCCACCAAGUCACCUCCAGACCCUCAGGCUGAGACAUCUGCCAAAUCCCAAGCCCCGUCCGCCCCGUCUCCCAGCCCCAAGCAGAGUAUUCUGUUUGGAAUGCUGAGCACCCCACCUGCUAAGCCUCCUGCCUCUGUGGCCCCUGCUGUGUCUUCAGCAUCUCCCAUGUUCAAGCCCAUUUUUGUGGUCCCACCUAAAAGCGAGAAUGAGGGCCCCUUGCCCUCUGGCCCUUCCAAGGUCACAGCCGCAGCAUCUUCCAGCUCAGCCAUCCCCACGACGACCAGCAGCCCACCCCUCACUUUCAAGCCUAUCUUUAGCAACAUGGGGCCGCCUGCAUCCAUGCCCAUGUUAACACCCUUCUCCUUCAAGCAAACAGCUACUCCAGCCACUAGCACGAGCGCCCCUCUCUUCAGCGGCCAGGCCAGCGCCACCUCCGCAGUGGUGUCCAUGACCACAGCCAGCACCUCCGCGGACUCCGCUCCGAAGCCCGCGUUCAGCUUCGGUGUGUGCACCGUGACCAGCACCCUGGGCAGCGUGACUAGCACCACCACUUCCGCCUCCCAGCCCUUCCUCUUUGGGACUCCCCCUGCUUCCGGUGCCAGCUUCACCCCCGCCGUGGGCCCCAUAUUCCAAUUUGGCAAGCCUCCCGCCAUGCCCGCUUCAACAGCAGUCGCCACCUUUGGCCAGUCCCUUCCCAGUGCCGCCCAGACAGCCCCCAGCAGCAGCAGCAGCAGCACGUCCAGCUUCAGUGGCUUUGGCGGCACCCUCACCGCCUCAGCCCCGGUCACCGGCAGCCAGCCCACGCUGACGUUCAGUAGCACCACCGCCCCAGCGUUCAACAUUCCCUUCGGCUCGAGCGCCAAGCCGCCUCUCCCGUCCUACCCAGGAGCCAACCCCCAACCCGCCUUCAGGGCUGUGGAGGGGCAGCAGCAGGGGGCUGCCAAGUCGGCGCUCGUCCCCAGCUUCGGCAGCUCUUUCACUUUUGGAAACUCUGCAGCCCCGGCCCCGACUGCGGCCCCAGCACCAACCCCGGCCCAGCCAGCCUUUGGCGGCACCGCGCAGUCGGCCUUCAGUGGUCUGAAGGCCACGGCCUCUGCCUUCGGCACCCCUGCCAGCACCCAGCCAGCCUUUGGCGGCACCACAGCUGCCUUCUCCUUCGGUGCAGCCACCACCUCUGGCUUUGGCGCUACAACCCAGACCGCCAGCAGUGGGACCAGUAGCUCAGUGUUUGGCAGCACGACACCAUCACCCUUCACGUUUGGGGGAUCGGCAGCCCCAGCCGGCGGCGGGGGCUUUGGGAUCAGUGCGGCCACCCCAGGCACCAGCUCUGCCUCUGGAGCGUUCGGCUUUGGAGCAGGACAGAGUGGGACCACUGGCAGCACGACCCCUUUCGGGGGAGGCUUGAGUCAGAACAGCUUGGGCGCGCCCAGCCAGAGCACACCCUUUGCCUUCAACGUGGCCAGCACGCCGGACAGCAAACCUGUGUUUGGAGGCACCUCCACACCCGCCUUUGGUCAGAACACCCCUGCCCCUGGGGUGGGCGCAUCAGGCAGCAGCCUCUCCUUUGGGGCGUCCUCAACACCCGCCCAAGGCUUUGUCGGAGUUGGACCUUUCGGAUCGGCGACCCCCUCCUUUUCCAUUGGUGCGGGAUCCAAGACCCCAGGGGCUCGACAGCGACUGCAGGCCCGAAGGCAGCACACCCGCAAGAAAUAGUGUUUGCCCCUGCCCCCCACACCCCCGCCACCCUUGCCCAA